AUGGCGUUGGAGGUGCAACCGCCCAGCGAUCGCAAGCGGGUGAAAGUUUACGAACUCAGAGAUAAUGACUGGUUUGAUCGGGGAACGGGAUUUUGUACGGGGCAGAUACUCGACGUGAGUGAUGGUCGCCACCGUGUGUCCGCAGCGCGAACAGCGUCGCCGCUCGUCGGGCGCAAAUGCUGCGCCGAUGAGCCGCGGAUAUUCGUCGAGUCGGAAGAUGAGCCUAAUCGGGUGCUCCUGGAGACAAAAAUCUCCAAGGAUGACGGCUAUCAAAAGCAACAAGAAACCUUGAUCGUAUGGACGGAGCCAAACGGGACAGACAUGGCGCUGAGUUUCCAGGAAGCGGAAGGGUGCGCUGUGAUCUGGAAUUUUGUCAACAACGUUCAACAGCAUCUUCUUAGCAUGGCUCCAGGAGAAGACGCCCUCUCGGACGAUAUCGAAAGCUACCAAUCGAUCAUGUUGCCUCCACCCGAGCUCGGAAAUCUGCCUGAGAUUGACCAUGUCAUGAGGGCCGCUAGCAUUACACAAGCCGGACGCGAUGCGCUAUCGAAAUUCGUCAUCCGAGAGGAGUACAUUCCCAAGCUUAUUCCAUUGGUCACGAUGGCGGAGGACCUCGAAAGUCUUUCUGAUCUACAUCGCCUUUGUAAUAUCAUGAAAUCGCUUAUUCUCUUAAAUGACAACACCAUCAUCGAGACCGUGGUCACGGAUUCCAUUAUCCUCGGCGUGGUCGGGGCGUUGGAAUAUGAUCCUGAGUUCCCUACCCACAAAGCCAAUCAUCGGCAAUACCUCGCCGACAAGUCGCGCUAUAAGGAAGUCGUGCCUAUCAAAGAUGCCAUGAUUCGUCGCAAAAUCAGCUACACCUGGCGUCUGCAAUAUCUCAAGGAUGUGGUUCUAGCUCGAAUCCUAGAUGACCCCACCUUUUCGGUUCUGAACUCCCUGAUAUUUUUCAACCAGGUCGAAAUCGUCAACCAUAUCCAGGCGAAUGCCCCUUUCUUGAAGGAAUUGUUUACAGUCUUUGACCCGAGAAGUGCGGACACCAAGCGCAAAGAAGACGCAGUUCAAUUCAUCCACCAAUGCGCUGUUAUCGCAAAGAAUUUGCAGGCGCCGGCGCGUGCCAAUCUCUUUGCCAACUUCAUUAGCCACGGUCUGUUCGCUGUCAUCGCUUUUGCCAUAAAGCACCCCAAGCCGGCUUUGCGCACAACCGGGAUCGAUAUCCUAGUAGCGCUUCUUGAUCAUGAUCCCAUUAUGAUGCGCGGAUAUAUGCUCAAGGCUGUCAACGAGAAGAAGACGCCACUUACCGAUACGCUUAUUGACCUGCUGCAUACGGAGUCCGACCUGGGGGUCAAGAAUCAACUUGCAGAUGCCGUCAAAGUUCUAUUGGACCCUCAGAUCCCUCUGCAGGAUACUAUGGGUCGGGCUGGACCCGAGCACUAUAACAAACCGCGUCCCAAUAUCCUGUCGGAUGUCUUUGUCCAGAACCAUUUCGACGAAUCUGCGCGCAGGCUAUUUUGGCCGUUGAAACGACUCGAACAUGCUGACCACCUACACCACGUAACCUUUCAAGAAGUAGCACUGUAUUCUCACCUCGUUGAUAUCCUAACGUUCUUUGUCCGUCAACAUUUAUACCGAAGUCGGAACGUCAUCCACAAUGAAUCACUUGCUCCUCGAAUCGCCCAAUUGCUCGCGGUGCCCCAUAAGCAUCUCAAGCUGACUGCGUUGAGAUUCUUCCGCGCUCUGACCAGUCUCCAAGAUACCUUCUACCAAGCCUUAAUGACCCAUAACAACAUCUUUGGCCUGAUCCUCGAUAUUGUCUACGAGACGAUGCCCCGUGAUAAUUUACUGAAUUCGGCUUGCCUCGAACUCUUCGAAGCGAUCCGAUGCGACAAUAUGAAACCCUUUGUGCUGCAUGUCGUUGAGAAGUACGGCGAGAAGAUCAGAAAUAUCACCUAUGUGGAUACGUUCAAGAAUUUAAUCGUUCGCUACGAGCAGCUGCAGGGCUACGGUGGCGAGCCGGAUUCAACUCUACUGUCACAUGAGGAAACACCGUCUCGGAGGAUACAGGCCAAUGGGCAGCGUUGGCAGGGCGUCAGCGAAAUGGAUGCCGCCGAGGAGGAGUAUUUCAACACCUCUGAUGAUGAAGAGUGGCAGCCGAAGAGUACGCGGAACACAUCGGAGGUUUCACACAUGCAGAAUGGCGCUGCAUCGCCUGUUGUCAAACCUCUCGUUGAUUACCCAGAUGAUGAUGAAGAAGAUGCAAUGGAUACGAAGUCGGAACCCGGCGAUCGUCAAGUGCAACAAAACCGGGAGGAGCCACAGCAAGAUGGCUCAAGUCACGAUGAUGCUGUCAGUCUUGGCGAAAGAUCACCGUCCACUCCGGUAUCUAUGAUAGUCCAAACACCCCCGGAGAGAUUGUCGGAGAAGCGUCGGCGCGAAGAAGAGGACGAUGAUGAGUUGAUAAAGCUCACCUCCGGACCAAAACGAAGAAGCUCGACAAGCGCGGGUCCCGGCAGUGCAGGGCUCUUGCGGAGAAAGCGAAGUGUGUCGAUUGGCUCGCUUGCGGCCAAUGACAAGGGGGCAGCAUUGGGAAACCUCAAUAGCAGCGCUUCGCCAAAAAGGAUAGCUAUCAAUCUUAGCUCGGCAACAACGAAAGCGUCUGAUGCAGGUUCUACCCAAUCAGUCACAGACCAAGCGAGCAAUGAGAAGGAAAACCGGGACGACAACCACAGCGGUGGUAUUUCAAAUCCCUGA